UGGAUGAGGUUGAUUGGAUCCACUCACGGACCAUUGCUAGACACUUACGGUGCAAAAAUCAGAGCCGCAGAGGCUAGGCUCGGAUACUUCCAAGUCUACCAGUCCCAGCGCGUUUCAAGAGCCGCCAACGGUAAACGGAUGUGCUCACUGUUGUGUGUCGGGGACGCGCAGUGGCAAUGGUAUUCUCUGGAGCAUUGACGCUCACAGACCUCAACGACUAUCUGGGCCCCUCGCAAGCAUGCAUCAAACCCGUGGAAAUCAACUCCCUCCCCAUUCAGCUCGCCAGUGACAAUGGCGACGCCGAGACAACCGCUGGCGCAAGCGGGCGCGCCGCGACAGAGAUCUCCAUCGACCACGAUGGUUCGUACUACGAGGGGCAGCCCCUGCCUGAAUUCGCCGGCGCUGCUUCAUCUUUAACCGCUCAGCCGAGGGCACGAACGAAGCUGGAAGCAGCGCAAAUAUCUCUCAACGAUUGCCUCGCGUGCAGCGGUUGCGUCACCAGCGCCGAAAGUGUGCUGAUCACCAUGCAGAGCCACGAAGAGAUGCGCAGGGCUGUCGUGGAGCAGCUUGGACUUGAACAACAGGCAGAGAUAGUUUCAAAGUCCUCGGGUGCCAUGGCGGCAGCAGCAGAAGGGGUGGAGGGGAGGACUCUGCGCGUGGCAAGCAUCUCGCCCCAAUCACUUUCCUCGCUGGCAGCCAAGUUGCAGUACACCCUGCACUCUACCGUCCCACUGUACCUCAUCCUCCUUCGUAUUCGCCAUUUCCUCGCUCAGCGCUUCGGCUUCCAUCACAUCUACGACACGACGUUCGCUCGUCAUGUCGCGCUGCGUGAGCACACUGCCGAGUUUAUCGAGCGCCGACGCGAAGAGAGACGGCGACGGCAGCGGAAGGGCCUAGAUCAUGGUGGAAUAGGAGAAGACGACUUUGUCCCUCAAAAACUUGGGUCGCGGCUCAGCAGUGUCGGCAACGUGGUUGAGCCACAUAAAGGGCUCCCCAUGCUCGCCAGCGCAUGCCCUGGCUGGAUCUGCUACGCCGAAAAGACACAUGGCGAGCUCCUGCCUUUUAUCUCCACCACCAAGUCGCCGCAGCAGGUUGCCGGCAUCUUGGCCAAGCGCUACCUCCUCCCCCUCUCCAACCGUACUGCAGCAAAGGAAGCACCCUUCCAGCGCGUAUACCACGUCACCGUCAUGCCGUGCUAUGACAAGAAACUGGAGGCUUCGAGGCAAGACUUUGUGGACGAAGUAACGGGCUGGAAAGAGGUCGACUGCGUUCUCACCACGGGUGAGCUGGAGAAGUUAAUGGAAGAGGAGGGAUUCGAUCUGUCUCAGGUGCUGGAAGAAGAGGAGGAUAUGCUGCAGCAGGAGCUUGCAAUCGGCGCAAAUGCAGGGAUUAAGACCGAGCUCGUCAACACCCUUCGUACAAAUGGAGGCCAUGUCAAAUAUGGCCUGUUGCAGAAUGGCCACAGUGCAGUACAAAGCGAGUCCGAUGCGACGGAUUCAUCUGCACUCGCUCUGCCAUCAGGAAUCGAACACGAUGGAAGCAGCAGCGGAAGCUACCUCUUCUGCCUGAUCCAAGCAGUCGCGCUUGAGUGGCUACAAGAGCAUCGAUUGCAUCGCGCUGGAGCUGUACCGCAGCUUUUCAUCUCGACGAUUCGCUCGGCCGACUAUAUCGAAUUCAUCUUACGUGCACCGUCCACCUCGAUCGAGAACGACGCGCAGCAGGAAGCGGGCGAGAUCCUCUUCAAAGGCGCCUACUGCUACGGCUUCCGCAACCUGCAGAACCUCGUACGCAAGCUGCACAAGCAAACUGGCACACGAAGCGCGCGUGGCGCUGCAGCUAAAAGUAUCAACGGUGUAGGCGUCAGCGCGAUCAGCCUUGGCGGCAGCGGCAGCGCAGACAAAGGAGGCGUCGGCAUGCGUGCAAGGAUUGCUGCGCACGGGCGUGCUGGGGCUGGAAUGGUCAGAAGAGGAGCAAGAGGGUCAGCGCCAGGGUCAGGAACAGCCAGUCCGCUGGAAAGUGACGGUGAACGAGGCUACGACUACAUCGAGGUGAUGGCUUGCCCGUCCGGCUGUGUCAAUGGCGGCGGGCAGCUGCGGCCUCCUCUCGGGGACACGACGAAUGCCCAUGCCAACGGCAGCGGCAACGGCACACUCAACGGGCUCGAUGCAUCUGCCACAGGCCAAGCCGACCCCGAGGGAUACGUCGAAGGCGGCUGGGCAAAUACAUCCAACGGUACUGAGAGUUUCGACGAGCUGCGCAUGCAAGGCUGGCAAGGCACGUCGAAGGAAUGGGUCGCGAACGUAGAGAAUGCAUACUGGUCUUCCUUCUCUUCCCUAGACCAUUCAGACAAGGCGAAAGCGUCAACUGGCAUCGCUCCGAAAGCAAGAGCACAGAUCGCUUUCGACAACAUCAUCGCUGAGAGUGGCACGGUGGUGCCCACAAUGCACCUCGACGACAUCGCAGAUAAAGUUGUGCAGGAAAUUCAAGAAACCAGCUUAAUACCGCGCGAAAAGCUGCUGCGUACACAAUACAGAGCACUUCCUACUGAAGAGACGAAUGGUCUGGCGGUACAAUGGUGAUUGAGCCCCCGCAUCUUCAUUUCCACAGCGUCCAUGCUUUGGCUUCGUGUAACAUAGCAACCUUAUUACAUUUAGUACUCCAACUCG